GCUCAAAUGUUCGCAGCUAUAGGAAAUUCAUACAGCCAGGAAGCCCUUGGGGUUCCUGGCUUAGACCGAAAUUAUUCUAGUGUGAGAGGCAACCAGAAAAGCCCUGGACUUCCAUCAGUGAAUCCUUAUAAUGACACAUCGGCUUUGUCUCCGACAAGGCUGGCUCCUGGCUAUAUAACUUCGCUUGUGAAGAACCAGCUCAGGACUAAGAAGUUCAUGAAUCUAAAGAAAUUAUACUCCCGAAAUUUGAAAGAAAAUACAAAAAUUAAGGAUAAAAGCAGGAUCUCUUCGAUCAGAAGGAAAAACUGUUCAGUCCAGGAUAUUCUCAAGGAAAAUAGUUUCGAAGCAAAGGAUCGGCUGACUUCCAUGAAAGUAAAUUUAAAGCCAAUUACUAAGAAAGAGAGACUUCUCAAGUUAAAAACCAAGAGAAAGCUGAAGCAUGAGAAAUUCAUAGAGAGUAAGAGCAAUAGGUCUCCUUCUUCUGGUAGCAGGAACUACGAUGAAGCAUUGAAGUGUUUAAGCAUGACUUUGGAGAAAGAGAAAUCUCUCUCAAAUUUUGAUAAUAAAUCCUUACCUAAUAUUAUUACAAUGAAAGGAGCUAUAAGUAAUAUUACUCAGAACAGAGGCCCCAUCCGGAAGGUUCAGCCAAGCAAGUCUAAGAAGCUGCAGAAGAUGACUCUUAGACGAAUGCAAGAGUUGAACAAGAAGUACCAGAUCCUUGACAAGAGUGAUAAGAUGCAUAACUUCAUGCAGAAUAUAAGCAGAGAUAACCCGUUUUAUGAUAAUCAUAGUAGCUGCAAAUAAGCUAUCUAAUGAACUUAAUGUGCUGAACAGUACUAUCAAGAAUGUGCAGAGGAAGAAGAAAAUUGAUUUUGAAAAAUUAGCUACUAAGCUUAAAGAGAAAUAUGUACGGAAGAAGAAGUUAUUUCCUCCAACGGUUGAUGAGAUCAUACGGUAUAAUACCUUUUCAACUAAGCCUGAGAAUGUCUUACCUGGAUCAAGGGAUAGUUCCCCAGUGAGGUAUAAGAAUUAUGACCAUUUGUCACUAGGAAUUUACCCACAACAUAAUUACUCAGACACAGUGGAUGCCAGUGCAAGGAAGUUAAAUAAUAAAAGCCCAGGCCAACAGAUCUUUGUUGACAGAUAA